GUUCCACACUAAAGCGAGAGAGAUUUUGAGAGUGCAUUCAGAGAGAGAGAGAGAGAGACAGAGACAGAGCUGAGAACGAGAGAGAGAAACCGUGUGAGAGACUGAACAGAGAGGUUUCAUCUGAAUCGUUGUAGGUUUAUAAGGCAAUGGGUAAGAGAGGGAAGAGGCAGAAGAUAGACACCAGAUUCCCUAAGAGAACUGCCCGUGAUGACGACGAUGCGUCGUUUGACAUGGACGACGAAAUUGAUGCUUUUCACAAGCAGAGGGAUGUUGUUCCGCUAGAUGUGAAUGGCGAUGUUGGGGAAUCAGAUGAAGAUGAUGCGCCUGUCUUUGAUCUCAAGGGUGUCAAUGAUGAUGAGGAUGAUGAAGAGGAUGAAGAGGAUGAUGAGGAUGAUGAGGAUGAUGAGGAUGAUGACGAUUUCAAUGCUGACACCCAAGAAACUGGCUUUGCUGCAAAAAUUGUUAGGUCUCAGAAAUUUUUACGGGAAAAGUUUGGCGGAGUUGAGGAUGAUAUGCAUGAAGAUGAUGAUGAAGAAGAUGAAGAAGAGCAAAAGCUUAUUUGGGGAAAAAUGAACCAAUAUUAUCAUGCUGAUAAUCGUGAUUUUGAGCAACAAUCAAGCGAUGAUGAGGGCCCUUUGGAAGAGGAGAAAGAGGUUUUGAAAUUGCAGAGGCAAAAAGCAAAAUCUUUAUCAGUUGAAGACUUUGGCCUUGAAGAUAUUGAUGAAGAUGGGAGUGAUGAGAGUGAUAGGGAAUUAACUCUAGAGGAAAUUUCAACCAAAGGAAGAAGCAGAAAUAGAAAAGAAACCACAGAUGACAUGGGUGUAGCUUAUGAAGAGGUUAAGAAAGAUCUAAAUGCACUAUCAAGGGAGGAACAGAUGGAUGUUUUAUACAGUUCUGCCCCAGAAUUAGUUGGUUUGCUGUCAGAGCUGAAUGAUUCACUUGAACAGCUUGAAAGCAAAGUGAAUCCACUUCUAAGCAAGGUGAAACAGGGGGAAAUCAUGAUGGAAGGAGGAAUCCGCUAUUUGGAGGUGAAGCAGCUCCUUUUGCUAGCCUAUUGCCAAGCUAUAACUUUCUAUCUCCUUCUCAAAUCUGAAGGGCAGCCGGUUCGUGAUCAUCCUGUGCUAGCUCGCCUUGUAGAGAUCAAGAGCUUAUUGGAUAUGACAAAACAGCUUGAUGGGAAUCUUCCAUCUGAGCUUGAGGAGUUCCUGAACAACAAUCAAGAGGUAGAAAUGUUAGUAAAGUUGGGUACAGAGAAAACUACACUGGCUUCUGAUUCUUUCACAAAAGAUCAGGAGCCUUAUCCUUCAGCUGAAACCCAGGGAGCAACAGUGGUGGGUGACACAGCUGAGCUGGAAAAGGUGGAGUCUUUGAAGGUUAAUGAGAACAAAGCAGGAAAACGUAAACAUCAGAGUGAUCAAGUCGGUGGACAGAGCAUGGAAAUGUUAAAAGUAAGAGCUGCCCUUGAAGAAAGAUUGAAACAGAAGGGUAUUCUUAGUUCCAUAACUCCAAAGCCUGAUAAAGCCCAGAGACAUCUGAAACCAGUCAAUGGUCAGCUUGUGACAUAUGAUGAUUUUGAUGAUGAUGCUAUAGAUGUUGUGGGGGCCACUAGAUUCAGCAAUGGUCAUGCUAGUUCAUUGAGCUCAAGUAAACUUUCCCAAAUUGUUGCUGCAAAACCGAGUAAGCCCAAGGUGGUCUCUGGUGAUGAUGAUUUACCUAAGAGGGAUGAUAUAGGAGCAAGGCGGAGGAAGCAUGAGCUCAGAGUCUUGGCUGGAGCUGGAAUCAUAUCUGAGGAUGGUAUUGAGGAUGAAGUUGGCAAUGUUGAUACUGGUGGGGAUGCUGACAUGGAGGAUGGUGAUAUAGAAGAUUCAGAAGUCGAGUAUUAUAAACAAGUUGAAAAAAGACGGGCUGCAAAACUUGCUGCCAAAGCAGAGAUGUAUUCAAGGACCUCAGCAAUUCCAUCAUUGCCUGAAACUUCAGAUGGAAAACGGCUGAUUACUUAUCAGAUGGAGAAGAACCGGGGGCUGACUCGUAGUCGCAAGAAGCAGACCAAAAAUCCAAGAAAGAAGUACAAGGAACAACACAAGAAAAAGCUGAAUCGUCGGAAGGGGCAGGUGCAGGAGAUCAGGAAACCUGCUGGUCCUUAUGGUGGGGAAACCACUGGAAUUAAUGUAGGUACCAGCCGGAGCACCAGAUUCAAGAACUAGUUACGAUUUCUUUGGUUCAAUUUCUGUACUUCGUCUAGUGUUUUUUUUUUUUUUUCCUUGUUGGAUCAUGUCUCAUGUUAGUGUUGGCGCAUCCAAAUUUCCAUAGAGAUAUCAAAGUUUUUGUUGGAUCAUGUAUGAAGUUAGGUUUGCGCAUCCAAAUUUUGAUAUGAUAUAUAAAUAUGUAUACUAAAUAUUUCAAGAGGAAAGGCCCAAGGCUUCAAAAAUUGAGCCAUGGUUAUUUUAAACAUUAUUGAUGAUUUUACGUUUUAUCCGUUGAAUAGUAAUCAAAAUCUGUUGGUACUA